AUGGCUACUCAUGUCCUAGACUCUGGCCCAUUGACCGAGUACUUCAGAGAUGAGCUCGAGAACAACCAGAACUCAAGCCAGUCGCUAGAGGGAGAACUUGGAGUACUAGAGCCUGUGUCUGAAGAUACAGAGGAACAAAAUCCAGGGCGCUCACUACACAAAUCACAUUCUAAUCUCACUCUGAAAAUAAAUGACUCUAUGCUUUCACCAUCGCCUAUCCCUGGGCUGUUCCCAAUACCAGAAUCAGCGCCAGACUCUUUCGCCGAGCAGUUCAAGUACCUCAUCUGUUCGUCCGGUCUGCUGGAGAAGGACUAUGUGCUCGGUGUCAGCGGUGGAGUAUCGGAGGCUGAUGCGGGGUUGGAAAAGUCGGAGCUGUGGAUAAAAGCUAGGCAGGUUGUUGAAGUGGCGAAAGAGAGGCUUGAUUUGAUGGCCGCUGGGGCGUGCUUGGUGGUCGGUUUGACGGUGGUUUUGGGAGUCUGGGUAUUCGCAGCGAUACUCCUCCUUGGUGGGUUAGCAGCGGUUGGCUAUGAGAGAUAUGGGAAUGGGUCAGGUUCAAUAUCAGCACCUCUGACCUCCUCGCCGUCGUCUACCCCAAAAGCCCAAGCGCUUGCAUCUUUGACCACUUUCCUUACCCGAUCCCACACCCUCAACAGCACUCUGGCCGCAUCGCUAGGCAUACUACAGUCCGAGCCCAACUCUCGCACUUCGCAUCAAGAGCUCCGCGUGACUCUACAUCGUCUGACAGACAACAUGACGGAUCACAUUGCGACAGCGACCUCAAGCUUGCUGGAAAUGGCAGACAAAAGCGAAUUGGCAGUGCUUGGGGAGAUGUACGAUAUCCCCGUUGUUGGGAGCUUCUUCUACUCCCGAAGGCGAGGACAAGAGAUAUCGUCGAGCGAGGACGAGUUCCGCGAGCAGUCCGUCCCAUCCCCAAGGCGCUAUUCAUCUCUCCGACCCCUCUCCACCCCUUCCCCGCGGCGCACAGCCAUCCCCCAAUUCUCCUCCCAAUCCUUCCCCCGCCGGCACACAAACAACCUCUCCAUCAUGUCCCUCCCCGCCGACCCGAACGACCGCUUCACACAGAUCCCCGAACGUACCCCGCGCCUUCCCAAGCGCGCGAGCUAUGAUCGGCUGUCGAGUCGUCGUUCGUGGGGCAGCCAGAGCGCGGCAAUGAUGUAUGAGAGGCGGAUAUCGGAGGAUGGGACGGGAGGGGAGGAGGGGGAUGGGAGUUUUGGAUCGGGCGAGUCGAGUGAGGAGGGGGAUAGGACGAUGUUGAGGGCUUUCAAGGGUGGGCGGUCGCCGGAUUCGUCGACGUCGCCAGAGAUGGAAGGGUUUAGGUCGCCGACGAUGCCGGUCACGCCACUGUCCAAACUUCGGCCUGCUGCGUCCCCUUUUCGACAUAUCCCUUCUCCUCUCUCACGCAAGCCUGCUCAUCUCGGAGAAGGUGGCAUGAAACCCCUUCGCACAGCGCCACUUGCUACGCAAACCGGCAGCUCAUCCCUCCUCCCUUCCCCAUUCGAAGCGGACAUCUUCCCCACCUCUGCUUCUGCUUCUGCCUCGCCUCGUCCAACGGAGCCCUUCACCCGAGCGUUCCAGGACGAAACCGACCCGGGCAAGAAGAGACGCAGUCUACAGAACAUGCCUUAUAUAUCUUCCGACGACGAUCGGCCAGGGGCGGAUUUGACAAGGACGAGGAGUAUGCCGAUUUCUGAUCUACAGGCUUUGCGAGAGGCGAGGGCGGUUGUAGGGGAUAGCUCGAGGAGGUCGUCCCUCAACCCGAGUAACGCGGGUUCAGCGUCGACUGGGCUAGGACUUGGGUUGCCGUCGACCUACCCUCCUGAUAGGAGAUCGUCUUUGAUCUCGGUCCCUUCUCCCCUCACCCGAGCGUCUAUACAACGGCAUAACUCUGUAUCACCCCUCACCACCCCCGCUCUCACUGCUUCAGCCCUUGGUAUCCACCUGAAACGACGCCGGAUGGCGUGCUGCCUUCUCGGACUCCGCUUUGUCGAGACCGAAGGAAGGUAUUGGGAAGAAGUGAGAGAUGAGCUGGAUGAGUUGGUGAGAAGGAUGAAUGAAGAGAGGGAGAAUGUGCAGGAGGUGUUGAGGAAGGUUAUGAAGGAGCUGGCUGUGCGCGAAACGCUGGAUGAUCUUGUUUUGGGUCAAGCGCAGGGGGCGGCACAGAUGGGCCAGUCGCCUGUCGGUUCUUCAUUCCCUAUCGCCUCGACCUUCCUGGACUCGCAAAGAGAUUUCGCCCCUCGGACGAGCAACGAACAGAAGCUCGGGGAGAGUGUGGAAAAGAUGAUGGAGAGUAUGGUCCGCGCUUGGGGAGAACUCGCUUCUAUCAAAAAAGACAUAAGCGAGCAAGACGGGGAAGGGCAAAAGAUGGAGAGAUGGUUGAAAGUCAGGGAGAGAUUGGGCGAUGCUGUGCGUGAGUGGGAACGGGGCAAAGAGGUCAUCUCGGACAUGUCUCAGAAGAGCAAGGAUGGGGAGGAGGACGAUCUGCGAGAAGCCGACCACCCUGCCGACCUGCCCGAAUUCACUCGCUCGUGGGAUACGUCUCAGACCUCUCGGAGCGUUUCGCUAGAGACGGACAGACAGUCGUUCAAUGACAAAGUCCGGCUUGCCGAGUAUCCUUCCAACUCACCCUCCCCAGAUGGGCUUGAACCUCUUCUGGAAGACCUUCCUCCUGCGGGGAUUGAUACCGUUUUUGAAGAUAUCUCGGCGCCGGCACUGUCAAAAUCCAAGGCUUUGCUCAAUACCAUGUCGAGGGAAGAACGGAUAGCGCUGGUCAAGCAAGCUCGGGAACGAGGGGUGAAGGUUGAAGAUCUACUGGGAGUUGGGCACGGACAAGGAGAGAAGGUAGGGGAGGAUGUGAGGAUGAGGGGUGGGGAGAUUGUGAAUGAGCUGGAAGGGGUGAUUGAUGCGAUACGGCGGAUGAAACAACCAGCCACCGAUCGGUCAACCGAGAGGGAGGGAGAGAAGGAGGUUGAGGAAAUCUCACGGUCGUCUGCGCGUGCCCCUUCUCGCCCUCUUCCUCCUCCUCCGCAAUCUACCCCGUCAUCCCCUUCUCAUCCUUCCAACCCCUCUCUACCUUCUUCACACUCGCAUCUCGAAUUCGAUCUAGCCGAGCUUAGGAAGAGCUUCAGGGCACCAAUGCUCGAGGCGAAGGUGGGGCGCGAGGAUCAUGUGUUGGGUUAA